AUGCGAAAUCUUGGUAAAGUACGAAUUGCUCUAAUAAUUAUUUUGUUGUGUACUUUGAUUUGGAUCGUCAUCUCAAUUCAUGUGCUCAUUUGGAAUACAAUUAUCGCUGGUAAAUGCUCGAAAUCAAGUCUAUACAAUACUAUCUUCGGAAUUUAUGUAUUUGUUAUUGUCGCAGUAGCACCACCUGUACUCAUGACAAUAUUCAGUGUAACUACACUACGUAAUAUACGUCUUGCACAUAGAGUUGUUCAUCCGACAUUAACACCCAAUGGAAUGCGUCAACGUGAUUAUCAACUGACGCGAAUGUUAAUAGCAGAAGUAGUCGUAUAUAUUUUGUCUACACUACCUUUUCCAGCUAAUGCUUUGUAUAAUAUAGUAACAAUGUCAGUAGCCAAAAGUGCUGAUCGACAAACAAUAGAAGCAUUUAUCAGCUUUAUAACAUCGACUUUUCUUAUAUAUAUCAAUCCAUCUUCAACAUUCUAUAUAUACUUAGCUACAUCGAAAACGUUUCGAAGUGAACUCAAAGCAACUUUUAAUAAUAUAGCAUAUCGAGUUUUUGGAAUUCCUCAGCGACCUCAAUUGCCAACGGAACUUAAUAGAACAAUUAUCAUAUAG